CAAAAAAAACUCACUUACAAAGCCAAACAUGAUCACGUUAAAAUUCACACAAACACAUGGAGGUGGUAAGGAUGUUUGAGCUUCUCCCCUCCUCAUCAUGACGAGUUGUGGAUGUUUGCCUGCUCUCUUUCUUCUCACACUUAGAUGGUCAGAUUGUGAAGGUAGCUGGAGGACGACCACUGAUGUUUUGUGCUAUGUCAGCUGUGACUGAUCAGCCUCAGCCCUUCGGAGGACUGGAGCGAGAGAAGCACAUCCAGAUGAUCUUCAGAGCUUUCCAUAACCGCUGUGGGCCUUCAGGUGAGUGCAAGACUUACUCACCUGGACCCAAACCUUACCCAUCACCUCCUGACUGGAACGAGCAGCUGCCAAGUCUGAAUUCUGGGAGGAAAGUGGAGAACAUCUUCUACUUACAGUCACCGGGUAAAGCGGAAGAGCAGCAUCCCGGAGAUGCAGCAGGAUUAAACUUUAUGUCUGUGCUGGAAACAGUCAGUCAAAUUCACAUCACUGCCAGACCUGAGCUGCAAGGGCCACAGUGCGUUCCGAGGAGGAUCUACAGCAUCACCACGGGAGGCAGCAGGUCCCAGUUACUUGUGGCCGUGGAAGAGAGUUCUUGUGUGUGCCUCCAGUGUUGCGGUCCAGCUCGAGCCUGUACCUUGCAGGGCUUUGAUUGUCAGGGCCGCCAGGUCUUUUCUUUUGAAAGACCCCUGAGGGUGGACGCCUGCUGCCUCUGCUGCUGCAUGAUGGAGAUGAAGGUUUAUGUGCCUCAUAAACAUCUCAUUGGCUCUGUUUACCAGAGGUGGAGCAUGUUCACUCCUCUGCUUGAGGUGUGCGAUUCAGACGGAGCAUCUAGCAUCAGAAUCCAGGGCUCCUGCUGUCCAAACCGCUGCCUCUCCAACCAGCAAUUCCAGGUUGUCUCCAACGUUGGUGAGAAAAUAGGCACAAUUUGGAAGAAAUGGCGGGGCUUCAAUGAGGAGCAUAACAUGGACCAUGAAUACUUUGGGUUGGAGGUGCCACUGAGUAUGGAAUCACAAACCAAACUGAUGCUGCUGGCUGCCACUUUCUUGUUGAAUCACAUGUUCUUUGAAAUGAGCUGAUCAUUGAGAAGCUUCAACUAUGAACAUUCAUAUCAUUGCUGUCGACUGUUUUGUGAAGCACUUUGGGCUGCAUGCUUGUAUGUGUGCAGGAUGCUAUACAAAUAAAGUUGAGUUAAAUAAACUGAUAUCAUGAAAAAUUGUGUAUAACUAAUGAAGCCCACCCGUCACUUUAUGGCAAAUGUAUAAAUACAUGAUCGAAUAAAGCUAUUCAGUUUAACCAAGCUUGAACUUUCAGAGCUGAAAACCGAAACUAAAGUAGAAGUUAAAAAAAAUCUGCAGUUCCUCAUGUGUCCUCUUAAGGCAUGCUGCACACGUAAGUCAAUCCUAACCCAAUGUUAAAACACCAAACUUUAACGCACGUAAUGCAUAAACAUAUUUAAAGUCUGUUAUAAAAUAACAAUUUGGAUAUUUAGCUUAAAUCAAUUCAUGACAACUUCCUAAGGGAGUAAUUCUAAAUAACGUACCUGUUUAAAUGAAUUUAUAAAAACCACAUUAUACAUGACAUGCAAUCUGUCAGAAGAUACCAUCUCAACUAAUCCAUGUUUUAUUCAAUUUGACUUAUAUAAUGAAACACUUUUUGCAGUUAAUUGUUCUAACAGAGCGUCUAUUUAGCCCCGAGCGC